GUACUCUAUAAGAGGAGGGGUGUUCAUGAGUAAUUUAGAAGGUUGUCUUGGAACAGCGAAAAUCUGGUGAGCAGAUCGAGUACGAGAGGAAAAGACCCCUUCUUAUCCUUAACCUGCUGCUCUACAAUUGUCUUUACAUUACUGUCUUCAAACGGCUUCCAAAGGAAGGAUGAAGAUUUUCAGUGUACAGGUAAUUUCUUUCUGCCUGGUUGGAGCCUUUGCAGCCCCAGGAUUAGAUCCUGAAUUGGAUGAGCCCUGGAAGCAGUGGAAGAAUUGGCAUCGCAAGAGCUAUGAGCAGAAAGAAGAAGUUUGGAGGCGAAUGGUUUGGGAAAAGAACCUUCGAAAAAUUGAACUUCACAACUUGGAGCACUCUCUUGGAAAGCACUCAUUCAAAAUGGGAAUGAACCACUUUGGAGACAUGACAAAUGAAGAAUUUAGACAAGUUAUGAAUGGAUAUAAGUUGAAACGAACUGUGAAGAAAGCUCAAGGUUCUCUCUUUUUGGAGCCCAAUUUUCUAGAGGUGCCCAGGAAGGUAGAUUGGCGUGAACAUGGAUAUGUCACACCAGUUAAAAACCAGGGACAAUGCGGCUCAUGUUGGGCAUUUAGUACCACUGGAGCCCUUGAAGGUCAGCACUUUAGAAAGACUGGCAAGCUGGUCUCACUCAGUGAGCAGAAUCUUGUAGACUGUUCUAAACCUGAGGGAAAUGAAGGAUGUAAUGGUGGACUGAUGGAUCAGGCAUUCCAGUAUGUGCAAGAUAAUGGCGGAAUUGACUCUGAGGAAGCCUACCCUUAUCUUGGAACGGAUGAUAAUCCUUGUCACUAUGACCCCAUGUACAAUUCUGCUAAUGAUACUGGGUUUGUAGAUAUCCCCAGUGGUAAAGAGAGAGCCAUGAUGAAAGCUAUUGCUUCUGUUGGACCAGUUUCUGUGGCCAUUGAUGCUAGUCACCAGUCAUUCCAAUUCUAUGACUCAGGUAUCUACUAUGAAGCCGACUGUAGCUCCACAGAUCUGGACCAUGGUGUAUUAGCAGUAGGAUAUGGCUUUGAAAAGGAAGAUGUAGAUGGAAAGAAAUAUUGGAUCGUUAAAAACAGCUGGAGUGACCAGUGGGGUGAUCAAGGAUACGUGUUGAUGGCCAGAGACAGACACAAUAACUGUGGGAUUGCCACAGCAGCCAGCUACCCUCUUGUAUAAGUAUUCAAUUGCCUUAUUCAAAUUAUAAUUUGAAAUGUAUACCAAGACACUAUGGCCUGCAAGCUGCCUCUGGACAUGAAGAUAGUGUUACUUCCCCACAGGACUUGAGUUUCUUAUAUUAGAAGCUGUUCUGGUAUUGCUGUUGGGGCUCUGAUAUUAAAUUAGCAAAACCACAAUUGAAGUAAGACUGGUUUGAAUGGUCAGUAGUUCUAACUAGAUAGAGAUGUUAUUUUGUUCUAAUCAACAUCAUAAAUAUUGUUAGCUAUGAACUAGUAUUUUAAACAAUACAUGUAACAAUAGACUUUUUUAAAUAAGCUGUUUUAUGAAGUACUUGAUGCCAAUGAUUUUUUUCUACAAUAAUAAAUGGUUCCACUUACUGUGGGUUGUGCUUUACUGGUUUUAAACUGUGUAAUUGCUGAGCAAAGUGCAAUAAAAUGUCAUGUUCAUUUUUUGUUAUCACAAAUACUUCUAAAUCUUCACCUUUUUGAGUAUCAUUGUAUCAUUUCAUGAAUCAAAUGUACUGUCCAAUAUUAUGGAGAAAUAAAUAUAACCAGUGGGAUUUUU